UGAAAAGGCUUAUACAUGGUGUAAAAACGAAAUAUGACUCAAUCGUCCACUUGAAUGAGAAUGUAUUUGACCCAUUUUUGCUCUGAUUGGCAUCCCUCAUGGAGUCAAUCCCAGGCCGCUCAGGGCUGCUGCUUUAUAACAGGGCAACAUCAGCUGCGUGUCGAGUCAAACUCAAUUCCUCCGUAAUGAAUGUCUCAUCGAAGAAACCGCGCUCCCGAUUGGUCUGGCCGGAUUUCCGGACCAAUGUCAUGAAUACCAUCUCCGAUAUGCGAGAACGCGAAAACCUCUUUGACGUGACAGUGUUCGCCCAAGAGCGCAGUUUUGACGCCCACAAACUCAUACUCGCCGCGGGCUCGGGUUUGUUGAAGAAAAUAUUCACCAACGAUCCAAACAAGUCCAUUCAAGUGGUCAAACUCGAAAAUGUCGAGCCUUUUUACUUCGAGGUGGCCUUGGACUUUAUGUACAAGGGGACAAUUGAACUCGAAGAAAAUCAGCUUUCAACUUUCUUAGCCGUGGCCAAGAUUCUCCAACUCAAAGGCCUAAGUGGAUUCCUGCCAACUAGCUCAACCACUCCAAAAGUCGAGCGCAAAUCUCAAAGGUCGAUUCGUCAAUCUCCAGCAUCAUCUCGUUUGUCCGAAACUAAAAUAAAACUGCAAAUUCCUGAACCAGUGCCGAACAAGAGGCAAAAGCUUGCGGUCACUCCCCACCAACCGCAGAUCAAAAAACAAGUUGCCAAAUCAUCGCAAGAAACUUUGGAGGCUGUGCAAUCCAUCAUGUCCGAUAUUCCUCCAAGUCUGGAUGAGGAAGGAAAUUUGAGUCAACCGGAGCUCAGUUCGGUAGAUUCGCAUGAUAAUUGUGAGACUGAACUGAACACAUCAAAUCCACUGACUUCAAAGGAAACAGAGGUGAAGAUGCCAGAAGAGGUGGUUGACCCAACUCCAACGGUUGAGGCUGUGCCUUUGAGUGCCGAAGAACAAGAAAAGGCUGAUCGAGCCAAGUAUUACGAGUCCAUUUCUGGCCAAGGGCCGGAAGUGGGACCCAACGGAUUGAGCGGAUACAAAUGUAAAUAUUGCCAAAAGAUGGUCGAAAGCCGAUACCUACUUCGGAUGCAUUUUGAAGAGAAUCAUGGGGACACAGAAAUACCUUGCGAAAUGUGCGGAAAACUAUUCCGUUCUUCAAGGAGGAUAAAGAAUCAUCAAACCUACGGCAAAUGCAAACCCGGUUGACACUACUACCAAUCCACCCAUGUUGUAUGUCAUGUGUUCGCUAGUGCGUAAAAAUGAAUACUUUUCCAAUUGAGUACUUCUUUUUGUGCAUCAGGCAAAUAAAAAAAGUCAAUAAAAAGCGUGUACUAUUGUAUUGAACCUUCAAUAGGU